AUGGCAAUCCAACACGAUGGCAAAAGCCAGGGACACCCCGAUCUCCCCCCGGUCGCAGUCAAACCUAUUGAAUCCACUGAGGCCUAUCGCACCAAAUGCCCUGUCGCAUACGAACUCUCGAAACUGCCUUUCAACCACCCCCGCCGAUUAAAGGUGAUUGUCGUUGGAGCGGGCAUCAGUGGCCUGUCAUUGGCACAUGCAGUUGAAACGCAACAACUCAAAAAUGUCGAGCUGGUGAUUCUUGAAAAGAAUGCUGGCAUAGGCGGGACAUGGUACGAGAACCGGUAUCCGGGGUGUGCCUGUGAUAUUCCGGCGCAUAAUUACCAGUUUACUUGGGCCCCCAACCCGAAAACAUCGUCAUUUUACAUUACUGCUCCCGAGAUUCUCGAGUAUCUGGAAGACGUAGCAGACAAGUUCCAUCUGACGAAAUACAUCCACACACACCGAAAAGUGACCGAGUCUCGUUGGCUGGCCGAUAAACAGGUAUGGCAGGUUACCAGCAAACGGACAGACGGCCGGCGGACUGUCGUCUCCACUGCCAAUGGCACAACGGAGGGAGAAGUCGGAGAGGAUAUUGUGGAAGAGUGCGACGUGUUUAUCAAUGCUAGUGGCUUCUUCAACAACUGGCGUUGGCCUGAUGUCCCUGGACGCGAGGAAUUUCGUGGGGUGAUGGCACACAGCGCAAAUUACAACCCAGACGUGAGCCUGCGAGGGAAACGCGUGGCGGUGAUUGGCAAUGGCAGUAGCGGGAUUCAAGUGACCGCUGCGGUCCAGAAGGUCGCCAGCCAUAUGUCGGUGUAUCUUCGGAACCCGACCUGGGUCACUGGAAACAUGGCCUCUCGCUUCAUUCCCGCAGGCCAGACAAACCUUGUUUUCGACCAGGAGCAGAAGAAGAAAUGGGCAUCCAACCCCAAGGAAUACCUACAGUAUCGCAAGGACGUAGAGAAGGAACUCAACAUUCGGUUCCCUCUCUUCAUUCGAGAUACUGCUGCCCAGGCAGGGGCCCGGGACUUUACCGAGAAGGCUAUGAAGUCUAAGUUGGAGCAGCGACCUGAUUUGAUUGAGCGGAUGCUGCCGUCAUAUGCAGUGGGUUGCCGUCGUCCUACCCCCGGGGCUGGCUAUCUCGAAGCCUUAUGUGAAAACAACACCGAGGUCGUCUGGGGCGAGCUAGAUCGUUUCACGGAGAAAGGAAUUCGCUCUGCAGAUGGGACGGAGCGCGAAUUUGAUGUGAUUAUCGCGGCCACCGGAUUUGAUACUUCAUUUGUCCCCAGAUGGCCCAUCAUCGGAGACAAGGGCAUCAACCUGCAGGACGAAUGGCAGAAGAAUCCAGCCUGUUACCUCUCGGCUCUGGCCCAGGAUAUGCCCAACUACUUUGUGUAUCUAGGCCCAGGGAGCCCGGUUGGACAUGGCAGUCUCAUCACCUCCAUCGAGCGCAUUACGCUCUACAUCUCGGAUAUGAUCACGAAACUGCAGCGGGAGAAUUACUCAUCCUUCCAACUCAAACCCAGGAAGGCUUUGUCAUAUCAGUCGCAGAUGCUAACCUGGCUGGAUAAGACUGUCUGGGGUGAUAAUUGCCAGAGCUCGUUCAAGAACGGCACAGUCACUGGGGGGCUCCAUGCCUUCCACCCCGGGUCUCGUCUGCAUUACUUUGAGCUGUUAAGGAGACACAGAUAUGAAGAUUUCGACUGGACUUCGCGGUGUAAUGACACGGAUCUCGAAUACGCUUGGUUCAACAAUGGGUUCCUGUCCCAUGAGUUGAAUCCUGUGGAGGGUGAAGAGGUGGAUCCUACGUGGUACUUGAACCAGGAGGAAGAUAUCCUCACCAGCUUCGUAAACGCUGAGGCUUUCUGA